UGUCUCGCGCCAAUAUUUCAUUCGUGAAUUCUCAAGCUCCCGAACAUACACGACGCUAUGACGAUUAGGCCCGAAGUUGAUUCUCGAUGAUUUACAUCGCGCAUUACUUCAUUCCGAAUUGUGGUAAUGUUCGAAUUGAACUUGAGAGGUCAAAAUCAACGAAUAAUAUAUGCGCGGUGGCUCGUCUCGGUCGGAUCUUAUUGUUAGUAAAACCGUCGGUCGUUCGCGAGUUUUCCGUCGACAUCUCGUCCAAAAAGUUCGCCGCCUCUACCGCCCCGUCCGCCUCGUUCACCGCGGAGACGCGAAGAAACCGUUUCAAAAGGGAUACGAAAGGUGCGAAAGACGAACGGGGCCUCCCAGGAUGACUCUCGCUAAUCGCGGGCAGGCGGAAAACAAGCGUGAUGAGUCGCCUCGUCUCGCCUCGCCUCACCUCGCCUCGUCUCGUCUCACUCACGGCCUAACUCGACUCGACGCGACUACAACGAACUGCAACACGGUUAGUAAGAUCCAGCUUAAUCUCGAUCAGCGACCGCGCCAAUCUAAAGAUUCAGAAGAGGUGGAAGAAGAUAAACCAAUCGGAGCGAAGCGCCUUCAUCGCUUAAAGUUUGUUGGCGAAAGGCGUGUCGCUACGCCUUACGCCUCGCCGACAAAAUGGCAAUUCUCGUUGCUCGUAAUAGUUGAAUAAGUUCCAACAAGCAGUCCAAGAAUCCGUCUAAUUAGAUGUCUAAUAAGUUCUGAGCGCCAGUCGGAAUCAACGCUUACUUGAGGGCACUGCUGAAUGCACACAUGUAGGUAUGGAUUAGAUUAUGAAUUAGAUAAAUAUAAAAGCUACUAGAC